AUGGUUACCAUUGCUAAUGCUCAUGUUGAUUUAAUACAUGAUACCGUUUUGGAUUACUACGGUAAACGUUUGGCCACUUGUUCUUCAGACAAAACCAUUAAGAUUUUUGAAAUCGAAGGUGAAUCUCAUAAAUUAGUUGAAACUUUAGUGGGCCAUGAAGGUCCUGUUUGGAGAGUUGAUUGGGCACAUCCAAAAUUUGGUACUAUCUUAGCUUCAUGUUCUUAUGAUGGUAAAGUUUUGAUUUGGAAAGAAGAAAAUGGUAAAUGGCAGCAAAUUGCAGUUCACGCUGUCCACUCUGCAUCUGUUAAUUCUGUUCAAUGGGCUCCACAUGAAUACGGUGCUUUAUUAUUAGCUGCUUCUUCUGAUGGUAAAGUUUCAAUUGUUGAAUUUAAAGAGAAUGGUACUACCUCUCCAAUUUUAAUUGAUGCUCAUGCAAUUGGUGUUAACUCAGCCUGUUGGGCCCCUGCUACUGUAGAAGAUAACAAUGGUAAUCCAAAACAAUUACGUAGAUUUGUUACCGGUGGUGCUGAUAAUUUAGUGAAGAUCUGGAAAUAUGAUUCAGAGACUCAAACUUAUACCAUUGAAGAUACUUUGGAAGGCCAUUCAGAUUGGGUAAGAGAUGUUGCUUGGUCUCCAUCUAUCUUGAUGCGCUCAUACAUCGCAAGUGUUUCUCAAGAUCGUACUUGUAUCAUCUGGACACAAGAAAAUAAUAAAGGUCCUUGGAAGAAAACUUUGCUACAACAAGAUAAAUAUCCUGAUGUCUUAUGGAGAGCUAGUUGGUCUUUGUCAGGUAACAUUUUGGCUAUCUCCGGUGGUGACAAUAAGGUUACCUUAUGGAAAGAAAAUUUGGCAGGAACUUGGGAAUCUGCAGGUGAAGUUCAGUAG